AUGGCUUCAACUAGUGAUAGUUCAGGUGGUCAUGGUGGUAUCACUCAAGCCAUAAGAAACCAUCUAGGCUUCAAUGAUGAUAAAAAAUGGAAAGAAUUUAGUACAAGAAGAUUAGAAUUAAUUGAUAAAUUUAAUCUUAGUUUUAAAAAAGCAAGUGAACAAGAUGAUUCAAUCAAGCAAAUUGCAAAUUUAUUAAGAACUGAAUUUGGGUUCCCACAAGAUACACUAAUGGAUUUUGAUAAAUUAGUUCGUGCUGCAAUUCAAUCUGUUCGAAGAAAUAGGAAAAGAUCUUCAAGAUCAAGAUUAACAAAUGAUCGAUUCAUCUUGAAUGAAAAAUUAUUAGAACAACAACAACAAUCAAUCCAUAAUAAGAUGGGUGUUUCUACAUUAUUAUCAAAUACAACCACGACUGAUACAACUCCAUCAACUUCACAUCCAACUUCCCCCAAUUCUCAAUCAUUACAAUUACCUCCAAUUAAAAAUAUAACAAAUUUAUCCAUAUCACAAUUUAAUAAACAAAAAAUCUUACAAUCAAUUGAAAAAUCUAAAACUUGUGCAAUGAUAUCAAAUAAUUCAUCAAUUUUACAUUUAGAAAACCUAACAAAUUUAGGAAAUUCAAUAAUUUCAUCAAGUGCAUCAUUUGUCCUUGAAAGAUUUUUCCAAGAUUUAUCAAAUGAUUCAAUAAAUUAUUUAUAUUCCCAAAUUUCAUCCUCUAAAACCUUAUCCAGAAUCUUGAAAACCCUUGGGGUCAUCACAACUGAAUUAUUAAUCCUUUCAGAUUUCCAAUCUUCACAAUUAUUAGCAAAAUUAUUAGGUGGAGUUGUUAAAGAUUUUGGAUUUGAAUCAAUAAUUUAUGAUUUAUCUGAAAUUUUCCAUGAGAUUAUAUUAAAUCAAUAUCCAUUAAUCGCUACACAAGUUUCCAAAAUAACUUCAGAAUCGCUAUUAACCCCAACUUUAAACGUUAUACCUAGUGAAGCUGAUAAAGAAUGGAUUAAAAAUGUUCAAUUAAAAUAUGGGGAAAGAGUUUUAAAUUUUAUUUAUAAACCUAUAAGUACAGCACCUCCUUCAAUUUUGGAAAUUAUUGAAAAUGGUAAAGUUGCAUUUGGUAUACAAAAAAAUUUAAAUUUAAUUAAAUUGAAACUAAAAAAUGGGGUUUUAUUGAAUAAUGAUGAGGAAUUGGAAAAAUUAUUUAAGAUUGAUGAGGAUUUAGAAUUAGAAAUCUUUGUUAUUGGGAGUUAUCAAAGUAAUAAUGAUGAGAGUAAUAGUACAAGGGUUGGUAUAAGUUCAUUAUUAUAA